CCAUUAUAUAAUAUAUAAAUGUACUUGCCUACAUUUUGGAAACUGACCAUGGAAGCAUGGAGGUACAAGAUGUACCACCUAGCAGGGUGGGGCCUACCAGGAUUUAUCUUUGUCACCUGGCUUCUGUAUCCUUCUAUUUAUAACUGGGUGUACUCAGAUAUCUACCCUCCAGAGAGAGGGGUUAGGAAGAGAAGUUAAGAAUAAUUGGUAUUAAGAUGCUUGGAUGAGGUGA